AUGAAGGUCAUCAUCUUCCUUACCCUCUUAGGGGCUGCCGUUGCUUAUCCCGCUGGUGAUGAUGAUGACAAGAUUGUUGGAGGCUACACGUGUCCCGCUUACUCCCUCCCCUACCAGGUGUCUCUGAACUCAGGCUACCAUUUCUGUGGUGGUUCUCUCAUCGAUAAACAGUGGGUGUUGUCAGCUGCUCAUUGCUACAAGUCAGAGCUGAAUAAAAAGAUAGGUGCUGUUCUUUGUCCACCCAGACGAAUCCAGGUGAGACUAGGAGAGCACAACAUCGAGGUCACUGAAGGCAGGGAGCAAUUCAUUGAUGCAGCUAAAAUCAUUCGCCAUCCCAGUUACAAUUCUAACACAUACAACAAUGACAUCAUGCUGAUCAAGCUGAAAACAGCUGCUACCAUCAAUUCUCAAGUGUCUGUUGUCUCCCUGCCCCAGUCCUGUCCUGCCACUGGCACUUCAUGUAUCAUCUCUGGCUGGGGUAACACUGUGAGCUCUGGCGCCGACUACCCAGAUCUGCUUCAGUGUCUGAAAGCCCCCGUGCUUUCUGACAGCACCUGCCGUAGUGCCUACCCUGGAAAGAUCACCAGCAACAUGAUCUGCUUGGGCUUUCUGGAGGGUGGAAAGGAUUCCUGCCAGGGUGACUCUGGUGGCCCUGUGGUCUGCGAUGGAAAACUCCAAGGAGUUGUCUCCUGGGGUUAUGGCUGUGCCCUUAAAGGCCUACCUGGUGUCUACACCAAGGUCUGCAACUAUGUGAAUUGGAUCAAGCAGACCAUUGCAAGCAACUAA